GAGACGGAGGCGUGCAGAAGCUCAGUCUCGGGGCGGAGGCGGCUUCGCGCCCUUAGCCCUGCCGGACGGCCUGUUGCCUUCUCCGUUGUCCCGAUGGGGAAACUGAGGCCCUGAACCAGAGGCACACGCGGGGGGGAGGCAAAAAGCGCGGCCUGAGGCGAAGGGAAAACAAAGGGACAAUCACGUACAGACGGGGAGGGGGACGGGCACACACACAGACACUGGGACAGAGACCCUAAUAGAGAACUGGGCCUGGCCUCGGUGGUGAGGGGGGAGACGCGGGGUCGGCGGGAGAAGAUCGGGAAGCGGCGAAGUUGCGGGGGGGUGCGGGGAGGGGAGCCGGGCGAGGAGGAGAAGGAGGGAGGAACUUCCCAAAGUUGCAAAACAUGGCUACCUUGCCUGCGGAGCCGAGCGCGGGGCCGGCGGCUGGGGGGGAGGCGGUGGCGGCGGCAGCGACCGAAGAGGAGGAGGAGGAAGCGCGCCAGCUUCUGCAGACUUUGCAGGCGGCCGAGGGUGAGGCAGCGGCGGCGGCCGGGGCCGGGGCGGGCGAAGCGGCGGUGAAAGUGGAGGGCCCGGGAUCCCCGGGCGUACCCGGGUCGCCCCCCGAGGCCGCUGCCGAGCCGCCCACGGGUCUCCGCUUCUCGCCGGAACAGGUGGCGUGCGUGUGCGAGGCGCUGCUACAGGCGGGCCACGCCGGCCGCUUGAGCCGUUUCCUGGGCGCACUGCCCCCGGCCGAGCGCCUACGUGGCAGCGAUCCGGUGCUGCGCGCUCGGGCCCUGGUGGCCUUCCAGCGGGGCGAGUACGCCGAGCUCUACCGGCUGCUCGAGAGCCGCCCCUUCCCCGCCGCCCACCACGCGUUUCUGCAGGACCUCUACUUGCGCGCGCGCUACCACGAGGCCGAACGGGCCCGUGGCCGCGCGCUGGGCGCGGUGGACAAGUACCGUCUGCGCAAGAAGUUCCCGCUGCCCAAGACCAUCUGGGACGGCGAAGAGACCGUCUACUGCUUCAAGGAGCGGUCCCGCGCAGCGCUCAAGGCCUGCUAUCGCGGCAACCGCUACCCCACGCCGGACGAGAAGCGCCGCCUGGCCACGCUCACCGGCCUCUCGCUCACGCAGGUUAGCAACUGGUUCAAGAACCGACGACAGCGCGACCGGACCGGGGGCGGCGGCGGCGCGCCCUGCAAGAGCGAAUCUGAUGGGAACCCCACUACGGAGGACGAGUCCAGCCGCAGCCCUGAGGACCUGGAGAGGGGGGCGGUUCCAGUGGCGGCCGAGGCCCCCGCCCAGGGCUCCAUAUUCCUGGCCGGGGCCGCCCCUCCCGCGCCGUGUCCCGCCUCCUCCUCCAUCCUGGUGAACGGGAGCUUCCUGGCCGCCGGCAGCUCUCCAGCGGUGCUCCUCAAUGGGAGCCCCGUCAUCAUCAACAGCCUGGCCCUGGGCGAGGCCUCCAGCCUGGGCCCCCUGCUGCUCGGCGGGGGCGGGGGCGCCCCUGCACCGCAGCCCAGCCCCCAGGGGGCCAGCGAGGGCAAGACCUCCCUGGUCCUGGACCCUCAGACUGGGGAGGUUCGCCUGGAGGAGGCUCAGCCUGAAGCCCCUGAGACCAAGGGGGCCCAGGUGGCUGCUUCAGGGCCGCCUGGAGAGGAGGUACCAGGGCUUCUGCCCCAAGUGGUGCCUGGCCCCCCGCCGGCUGCCACCUUUCCUCUGCCCCCAGGACCAGUGACUUCCGUGGCUGCUCCACAAGUGGUGCCACUUUCCCCACCCUCUGGCUACCCUGCUGGCCUGGGCCCCACCUCCCCACUGUUGAACCUGCCCCAGGUGGUGCCCACCUCCCAGGUGGUGACCUUGCCUCAGGCUGUGGGGCCACUGCAGCUGUUGGCAGCUGGGCCAGGCAGCCCCGUGAAGGUGGCAGCUGCCCCGGGCCCUGCCAACGUGCACCUGAUAAACUCUGGGGUGGGCGUGACUGCCCUGCAGCUGCCUUCGGCCACUGCCCCAGGAAACUUUCUGCUGGCCAACCCCGUGUCUGGCAGCCCCAUCGUGACAGGUGUGGCCGUGCAGCAGGGCAAGAUCAUCCUCACCGCCACCUUCCCCACCAGCAUGCUGGUCUCCCAGGUCCUGUCACCGGCCCCCAGCCUGGCCCUGCCCCUGAAGCCAGACGCGGCCAUCUCAGUCCCCGAAGGAGCCCUCCCGGUGGCCCCCAGCCCCGCUCUGCCGGAGGCCCACGCCUUAGGCGCACUGUCUGCGCAGCCGCCCCCCGCCCUGGCUGCCGCCAGCCUGCCCUUCUCCCCAGACUCCUCCGGCCUCCUGCCCAGCUUCCAGGCGCCCCCGCCCGAGGGGCUCCUGCUGUCGCCUGCGGCAGUGCCCAUCUGGCCAGCCGGGCUGGAACUGAGCGCCGGCACUGAGGGGCUGCUAGAGGCAGAGAAGGGGCUGGGGACGCAGGCCCCCCACACGGUGCUGAGGCUGCCGGACCCCGACCCCGAGGGGCUGCUCCUGGGGGCCACGGCGGGGGGCGAGGUUGAUGAGGGGCUAGAAGUGGAGACCAAGGUCCUGACCCAGUUACAGUCAGUGCCUGUGGAAGAUCCCUUGGAACUGUGACCCACCGGGCCCCGUGGCCUCCCCUGACCAUGGUGCUCGAG